AUGGACGAGGAAACGAUAAGAAAAGAGAGAGAAAAAGAGGAUGAACGACAUGCGGCGGUGAUCAAAAAACACGAAUCGAUUCUCGUUGAUACAAUGAAAAAAUUGAUAGAGUUUCGUAAAGGGAUUCCCGUGAGAGAACUUGCAAUUGAUAUGUUAUGGGAUGAGAAAGCUGGAGAGAUCAAUGCAAAUCUUCUUCGUCGUUUAAAUCACGAUUUCAAUGAGGGAUUCGCGAAUUUUAAUCUAAAUGGAUAUCCGAACGAGCUUCUCUACAAGGAUCGAACGAUGAGAUCCGUUGAUGAGCUUAUUGAAGAGUAUCUCAACACCCAGAAAAUUCCAAAUCUUUUCGAUUAUUGGCUUUGG